AAAUAGUCUUGGAGUUUAUAAACCCCUUAGUUGACGAUCCUCACCUCCACAUUCACGCGUUGAUUUAAAGCUUCUCUCCCCUCCGCUCUCUCCCUCCCUCGAUCUCCAUCUUUAACUAAGAUCCCUCCGCGAAAGCUCAUCGAAGGGAUCCACAGCCAGAAUGGGGCUUACAUUCACGAAGCUUUUCAGUCGGCUUUUUGCCAAGAAAGAGAUGCGAAUUCUGAUGGUUGGUCUUGAUGCUGCUGGUAAGACCACCAUCCUCUACAAGCUCAAGCUCGGUGAGAUCGUCACAACAAUUCCCACCAUUGGGUUUAAUGUGGAGACCGUGGAGUACAAGAACAUCAGCUUCACAGUCUGGGAUGUCGGGGGUCAGGACAAGAUCCGACCUUUGUGGAGGCAUUACUUCCAGAACACACAGGGUCUUAUCUUUGUUGUGGAUAGCAAUGACAGAGACCGUGUUGUUGAGGCAAGGGAUGAAUUGCAUAGGAUGUUGAAUGAGGAUGAGCUGCGAGAUGCUGUGUUGCUUGUAUUUGCUAACAAACAAGAUCUUCCCAAUGCAAUGAAUGCUGCUGAAAUUACUGAUAAGCUUGGCCUCCACUCUCUCAGACAGCGUCACUGGUACAUCCAGAGCACUUGUGCAACCUCUGGAGAGGGUCUAUAUGAGGGGCUGGAUUGGCUCUCCAACAACAUUGCUAACAAGGCGUGAUCCUAUUGGGGAGUCAUUUUGUGGACUGGAAAUUCUGGAUGCAGGGGUGAAUAUUAUCUAGUUCUUUUUUUUUCUGAGACAAGACGAUCGAAUUGUUGUUAAAUCAUCUAUUUCUUCCUUCUUCUGGGAGUGGUCUUUUUCAUUUAGGACGUUUUAAUGGUUAUAUUGUGAUAGAAAGAAUGGUUGGUCAAAUGUAUACAUUUGAGCUUUUGGUUGGAUUUUGGAUACAGUUCGGAGUUGUAAUUGGAUUUCAAUAGAUGCCUCCUUCCUUUUUUUAUUUUUUAUUUUUUCAAAACUGCUCUGAGUUGUAAUUGGUUUUGGUUGGAUUUUGGAUACAUGUUUCAAAUGUAUACAUAUUGCCGAGUAAUGCAGAACCACACUUGAAUUGAA